AGGAAGUGGGGCGAAUGCUCGCGCGAGGCUGAGACUACUAGAGUGGCGCAAUGGCCGUUGGCGAUAUUGGCCGCUGCUGCUCGUCGUGAAUUCCAACGGAGGCAGAUCGAGGGAGCGAAGGUCGUGCUUGUUCGCGAAGAUGCAUCGGAGUCCUCGGAUCCUUGGCUCGCUCGGCCCGGUCUUGGUGACGCUGCCGAGAGCAAUCAGCGCGAGAUCGGAGUACAAUCGGGCGGUUUGAGCUAUCGAACGUUCAGAGAGAGAGAGAGAGAGAACGAGAGGGAGAAGGAGCGAGGGAGAGAGAGAGAGAGAGAGAGAGCACGGGACAGAGAAGUUGCUCCGAGAAAUGAAACGGAGCAAUUCCCCUUGGAAACUUCAUUGGACUUUGCAUAGCUCUUCCUAGGAUCCUCUCGUAAGAUAGAAGCGCGAGUGCCGAGUAUAUUACGGGGGUACAUGUGCGUGAUUCCCCGGGCACGAUGUUUUCGUCGCCGGUGUCGGUGGUGGGCGAGCCGCCAGGCUACGACUUCCAGAAAGAGGAGAACGCUGUCAAGUGGAAGGGAGUGUUUGUCAAUUCACUGCGCAAGAUGGGCGCUACGUGAUGCAAAGGAUAUAUUAGAGAAAGGGAAAAAAAAGUCGCCGUUAGUCCUACCUGUCGACAAGAUUCAUCAGUUGCUACAAAAAGAAGUAUUACAGCACAAAAUUGAUUCGCAAGUUAGCCUAUUCGUAGUCGGAGUUUUGGAAUAUAUUUCUGCUGAUAUCUUGAAGCUGGCUGGAAAUUAUGUGAAAAAUAUUCGCCAUGUAGAGAUUUCGUGCGAGGAUAUACGGGUUGCAAUGUACGCAGAUAUGGUACUGAUGGAUAUGUUUUAUCAAGACGAUUGUACGGAAGGUCCGCAAAGUACCUUGGGUGCAGUUGUUUCCCAGACUUAUGAAGAAUCUGUGCGAGAUCUCAUUCAUGAUGAACGGCAUUAUAUUCGUGACUUGCAUAUGAUUAUCAAGGUAUUUCGUGAGGAAAUUGCUAAGUUGACGCAAGAUAAGAGCGAACUCGAAACACUCUUCAGUAAUAUUACAGAUAUUUAUGAGAUUACUGUGACAUUACUGGGCAGUUUAGAAGAUAUAAUGGAAAUUGCAGAGGAGAAACAAACGCCUACAGUUGGUUCAUGCUUUGAAGAAUUAGCAGAAGCGGCAGAAUUCGAUGUUUACGUAAAAUACGCGAGAGAUAUUAAUAGCCCAGCUAGUCGGGAAGCUUUAACGAAUUUACUGUCAAGACCGGAAGCUAACACGGCUUUGCGGGCGGCGGGCCAUGGUUUUAGAGAAGCUGUUAAAUAUUAUUUGCCAAAACUUUUAUUGCAGCCUAUAUGGCAUUGCUUCCUAUAUUUUGAUUACAUAAAGGUUUUACACAAACGCACACCUAGCAUAGAGGAUGGCGAAACUCUGGAACAAGUACAAGGUUUAUUAAGGCCAUUACAAAUGGAAUUGAUGCAAUCAAUGGCAAGUCUACCGAAAAAGGACACAGGCUUGCCAAUGCAAAGCAGAGCGAGGAGACAAGCGGCAUUAGAAAAGAUUAGCGAAAUACAAAAGACUGUAGAUGGCUGGGAUCAAAGGGAUAUCGGGCAGUGUUGCAAUGAGUUUAUUAGAGAAGAUACAUUGGGUAAAGUGGCUAGUAAUGGGCGAAGAUUAACCGAAAGAAAAGCCUUAUUAUUCGAUGGGUUACUAGUAUUGUGCAAACCAAAUAGUAGUAAAAGAGUUAGCGUUACCGUUGCAGCUGGUAUUGUUGCAGUCGGAGGUGGACAUACUACUCACCAAGGCGAACUCCGAUUGAAGGAAAGGUUUUUUAUCAGGAAAGUUGAUAUUAUUGAUAGAGAAGAUACUGAAGAAUUGAAAAAUGCUUUCGAGAUUGCACCAAGAGAUCAUCCUAAUGUUAUUCUUGUUGCCAAAUCUGUUGAGGAUAAAAAUAAUUGGAUGGCAGAUUUAGUUAUGUUGAAUACAAAAAGUAUGUUAGAAAGGACUUUGGAUAGUAUUCUUUUGGAUGAAGAAAGGAAACAUCCACUAAGACUUCCUCCUGCUCACUUGUAUAAAUUUGCUGAACAAGAUAGCAAGGAGAACAUUGUUCUAGAGGCCAGAGAAAAUGGUGGCGUUCCAUUGAUUAAGGGUGCAACUUUGAUCAAAUUAGUGGAGAGAUUGACUUAUCAUAUAUAUGCUGAUCCUGCUUUUGUAAGAACAUUCCUUACUACUUACAGAAGUUUUUGCUCACCUCAAGAAUUAUUAACAUUACUAAUAGAAAGAUUUGAUAUACCAGACCCGUCAUUAGUCUAUGGUGAAGAAGAAAAACCUUCUGUAUGUAAAACAACUGCGAGAGAAGAUUGGAAAAGAUACAGAAAAGAAUUCUGUCAGCCAGUGCAGUUUAGAGUUUUGAAUGUUUUAAGACAUUGGGUGGAUCAUCACUUUUACGAUUUUGAACGUGACAGGAAUCUUUUGGAAAGAUUGCAAUUAUUUUUAGAUACAGUUAGUGGCAAGUCUAUGCGGAAAUGGGUUGAUUCAGUACUAAAAAUUGUUCAAAGAAAAUGCGAACCAUCGGAACAACGACCUAUUACAUUUAGUUUUGAGCGAUCCCCUCCACCGAUUGAAAAUUCUAUUAAAAUUCCAGAAAAUAAUGAAGAGUCUGGAAUACUUACGAUACAUCCUAUCGAAUUAGCGAGACAAUUAACACUAUUGGAGUUUGAACUGUACAGAGUAGUAAAGCCUUCCGAAUUAGUUGGAUCAGUAUGGACAAAAAAAGACAAGGAGAAGACGUCACCGAAUUUAAUGAAAAUGAUUAAACAUACGACAAAUUUCACAAGAUGGCUGGAGAAAAUAAUAGUGGAGGCUCAAAACUACGACGAGAGAGUAGCCAUCGUAUCACGUGCAAUUGAAAUAAUGAUGGUGCUACAGGAUCUCAACAAUUUUAAUGGCGUCCUGGCGAUUGUCAGCGCUAUGGGAUCGGCUUCCGUUUUUAGGCUAAAAUUUACGUUUCAACCAUUACCAACACGAUUAGAAAAAGCUUUGGAAGAAGCUCGAGAGCUUAAUAACGAUCACUUUCGAAAGUAUCAAGAAAAAUUACGAUCUAUCAAUCCACCUUGUGUACCAUUCUUAGGUAUGUACUUGACUAAUAUUCUGCAUAUUGAAGAGGGAAAUCCAGACUAUUUACCAGGAAGUCCGGAACUUAUUAAUUUUAGUAAACGGCGAAAAGUGGCAGAAAUAACUGGUGAAAUACAACAGUAUCAAAAUCAACCCUAUUGUCUUUCAGUGGAAUCUAAAAUAAGACAAUAUAUUGAAAAUAUGUGUCCUUUUGACCCUAACAUGUCAGACGCAAAUAUAGGCAAUUAUCUGUAUAGCAAAAGUUUAGAGAUAGAGCCCAGGAAAUGUAAAGCACCUGCACGAUUCCCACGUAAAUGGCCCGAGAUAAACUUGAAAUCGCCGGGAAUUAAAGCUAGUAGAAGUUUGAGCGGAAAAUUGCCAGCUCCAUUGCAAACGGUAGCGUCCAGCGUAAGAUUGCAUGAUCCUCCGUCAGAAGCUCCUCCGCCUCUCGAAUUACCGGAAACACCGCCACACGCAUCACAAGUUACAGUUCCGCACAUAGGGGACCACAGCGUUUUUGCACCUGUCUUAUUAGGACCUUCUGGAACUGUACCUCCAGGAUCACCUAGUCCACCUAGUAUGUCGGGGCUUUCGAUUGCUUCGUCAAGUAGCAGCCCGCAACUGGGAUCUCCUGGACAUUUUCCUGCUACGCAACAAAUUACUCACUUUGGCUUUAAUCCCAGCAUAGUGAGUGCUGUAUCGUCAAGUGGAAGUCCCAGUGGAAUACCAACGCCACCAUCUCCUGGUAACAUACCCCCUAGCCAACUUCCACCACCUCUACCACCUAGAUGCGGAAGAAGGCGAGAAAGUUCAUUUAGUGAAUCAUCGCAACAAGUAAGACAAGCGCCAAACGCACCAGUUCUUCCACCGAGAGAUGAUAUAUCCCCACCCCCCUUACCACCACGAAGAGACAUACCGCCGCGACUUCCAUCGAUGCUAAAUUCUAGCAAUUCGACAUUAUUAGCGCGUCGAAAUUCCACAUUAGAAAGCACAUGUCUCGCUAACGUCGUUCAUCAACGGAGACAUAUGUCUUUCAAUGGCCCUAGCCCCACGAAACCUGCACCGACGCAGCCUAACGGAUCAGUGACACCGAGGUUACCACCAAAACCGAGUUUACCAGAACGUCCACCCUCUACCAUGUUUAAUUUCAAUACCCCUCCUGGACCUAGUUAAGUGUUACUCUAUUUCUCUUUCUCUCUCUCUUUCUCUUUCACUUUCACUUUUUACAUUUUUUUAUCUUGAAAAUAAAUAUUUUUAAUCGAGGUUUAUAAUCCGUUCAGUAAGCUAAAUAAAGCUGAAAUCUUUCUUGCCGUAUAAGUUAAAAAAAGGUUCCAACACAAAUUGAUAAGUUGAAUAGAAUAUUUAUCUUCGACUAUAGAAGUAUGUAUUAUCAGUACGUUUUCCACUCAUGACGAUGUUGACGUCUUUUAUCGGUAUUUUUUAGGCUCCAUCAACCAAAGACUGGUAAAUUUAAAUAUUUAAAUAAAGCUAUGCUUUUGUUGUAAAAUAAAAUUA